CCCUACGUGCUGACGCUGAUUGUAUAUGAGCGCGAGCGGCGGGCUCUCGGGUCUCUUUUAGCGCUCUCUGCUCGCGGCACCGCCUCCAGCUCCUUCCUCCCGCCGCCCUGAGUCACAGGCCCCGCCGCUCCGGCCGCCUGGCUCCCCGUGCUAGCCGCCGAUAUUUGGAGUUCUUACAGCAUGGCAGACAUUGACAAGAUGCCUCAUGGUCCAACAUGGCUACUGGAGCUCUAGCCAUCACAUCCUAAUCUAGGGAGGGAGCAAGAUCAAAAUGGCCUCCAAUCUGUCUACCAUCCUGUGAAAGGAGGCUUAUUCAGAGUUCUACAAGACUUACUGCUUUUUAUCUCAAUGCCAAAGCAUAGUCACAUAGCCACAUCUAGCUAAAAGCAAAGAACAGUCUGAACUUGACCAAGAUUUGGAUGAUGUUGAAGAAGUAGAAGAAGAAGAAACUGGUGAAGAAACAAAAAUCAAAGCGCGUCAGCUGACUGUUCAGAUGAUGCAAAAUCCUCAGAUUCUUGCAGCCCUUCAAGAAAGACUUGAUGGUCUGGUAGAAACACCGACAGGAUACAUUGAAAGCUUGCCUAGGGUAGUUAAAAGACGAGUGAAUGCUCUCAAAAACCUUCAAGUUAAAUGUGCACAUAUAGAAGCCAAAUUCUAUGAGGAAGUCCAUGAUCUUGAAAGGAAGUAUGCUGUUCUUUACCAGCCUCUAUUUGACAAGCGAUUUGAGAUCAUUAAUGCAAUUUAUGAACCUACAGAAGAAGAAUCUGAGUGGAAACCAGAUGAGGAGGAUGAAAUUUCGGAGGAGCUGAAAGAAAAGGCCAAGAUUGAAGAUGAGAAAAAGGAUGAAGAGAAAGAAGACCCCAAGGGAAUUCCUGAAUUUUGGUUGACUGUUUUUAAGAAUGUCGACCUGCUCAGUGAUAUGGUUCAGGAACAUGAUGAACCCAUACUGAAGCACUUGAAAGAUAUUAAAGUGAAGUUCUCAGAUGCUGGUCAGCCUAUGAGUUUUGUCUUAGAGUUUCACUUUGAACCCAAUGAAUAUUUCACAAAUGAAGUGUUGACAAAGACAUACAGGAUGAGGUCAGAACCAGAUGAUGCUGAUCCCUUUUCUUUUGAUGGACCAGAAAUUAUGGGUUGUACAGGGUGCCAGAUAGAUUGGAAAAAAGGAAAGAACGUCACAUUGAAAACCAUUAAGAAGAAGCAAAAACACAAGGGACGUGGGACAGUUCGUACUGUGACUAAAACAGUUUCCAAUGACUCUUUCUUCAAUUUUUUUGCCCCUCCUGAAGUUCCUGAGAGUGGAGAUCUGGAUGAUGAUGCUGAAGCUAUCCUUGCUGCAGACUUUGAAAUUGGUCACUUUUUACGUGAGCGUAUAAUUCCAAGAUCAGUGUUAUACUUCACUGGGGAAGCUAUUGAAGAUGAUGAUGAUGAUUAUGAUGAAGAAGGUGAAGAAGCGGAUGAGGAAGGGGAAGAAGAAGGAGAUGAAGAAAAUGAUCCAGACUAUGACCCAAAGAAGGAUCACAACCCCGCAGAGUGCAAGCAGCAGUGAAGCAGGAUGGGUGGCCUUGAGGACAGCCUGCACUGUAAUAGCCUAAACACAGCUAUUAUUUACUUACAGCCUUAUGUUUUUGUAUUUUCUUGGUAGACUCAUUUUUUUUUAAAGGAAAGGAACUAAAAUUUUAAAGACCAGUUUGUUCUACCUAGCAUUUUAACUAUAGUUUUUCUGCCAGAAACCUUGAAUGCACAGAUUCUCUCAUGCAUGCUCAUUUCAUUGCUACAUAGUUUGGUUCUUCUGAGUACUUUUUAUCAUGCAACUGUUAGAUUACAGCUGUGAAAAUGAACAGAAGUGUUGAAUGAAACUUUUUGUUUUGCUAAUCUUUUUCCUGAAGAACCAAAGUAUUAUUUUAGCUGAUAGUUGAAUGGGUUUAAGUUUGCUUGCACUCGUGUGCCUUUCAUUACUUUGUUAUAGAAAUGCAGUGACUUAUACUAAAAGAUACUUCAUCAUUGAAAAAAUAGAAACUUGUUAAGACAGUUAUAUGGUUAAGAAUUUCCAGUAAGACCAUAUCUGGUAACUUAGAUUGUUAAAAAGAGAUUUUUUUAUUUUAGGUGAUAUAGUUUAACUAUAAAGAAACCUAAUUCAUGGUAUGGUUAUUGAUUACCACAGGGAGGUGAAUAAAACCUGGUCUUUUCAGAAGUUAAGCCUCACUAUUUUAACUGUACUUUUAAAUUUAGCCUUCAUUAAUUUAGCGUCUUUUCUUUGUGGUAGGGUCUACCUUCUGCUUCCCUGGAAAGGAUGAAUUUUACGUCAUUUGACAAGCAUAUUCAAGUUUUUUGCUGUUUGCCUGUUUUUGUUUUUUCAGUCUAAAAUAAAAAUGUCAAAUAUAAUAUUUAGUUCUCAUAGGUAAUAUCUUAAUUUUGUACUAAAGCAGAUAGAAGCAAAAGCCUAGCUUGAAUUGUUGUACCCAGUUUACCAUAUUGAAGAAAGAAAGGGUGCCAACUUAGGAAGAGGUACUGCAGUUACUAAUAAGAAACUAAAAAAGAAUGACAGAAUCUUAAAUGAUGUGUUUUGAAGAGAAAUAUUCAAUGUUAAAUUUUAUCUCCUUUGGUUAGAGCUAUAGUGAGUGAAGGUCCCAAGCCUCUAUGGUUAAUUUCCACUUUUAUUGCUUAAAGUAUAAGUAUAUCAUUUACCUGUGCUUCUGUUUACUGUGUAUUACAAUGGGUAGUACUGUUUACUUAACUACCUCACAGAUGUGUUAAGGCAUAUUAAGUUAAAUUUUCUGAAAUGUUUCAAUCUAAUUAAAAGCUCAAAAAUUGGGUUAGUAUGUACCAAAAGUAUGCCUUUCAGCAUUACCAGAGUUUGAUAAUGAAACUGGGAAAUACAGGUUCUGGAUCUGAUCAGCAACACUCGAAGUUCUUUGUGUGGCUCCAGUUUUAUAAUAGGGGUGAUGGAUGAGCAACUAUUUCAAAAGAUCUAAGGAUUAUUUCCAGGUAUUUUAGUUGUGACCAUCUUGUUGUAAAUACUGCAGAGAUCAGGGUAUUAAAGUAGAAAUAAGACCCAUAUUUAGGGGAGAAAAAUGUUAUUGAAUUUGAGACUGCAGAGCCACAUUUAAAAUACCUCAGGCUAAUUACUGUUAAUUUUUUUGUGGUGAACUUAAAAGCUUUGACAGUGAGUGUGAACUAUGGCCCAGAGUUUCUGCUCUUAAUAAAGUUACAUUGAGUCCAUUCUUGGAGGUCGUAGAGCUUCCAUUUUGAAAACUGAAUAUUAGGGUCUUAGAUGUGAACACAUUUUGUUAUUUGUGUAGUAGUACUAUCCAUUUCUCUCCUGAGAUUUUAAUUCAAACUACUGGAAAUCCUUAACCAAUUGUAAAAGUUUAUAGGAAAACAGUGCCAUGAAAACACCUCAUAUUUUUCCUCUUUAUUUCCAAAAUGGUUUUGGUUGCUUUGGUUAGACAUUCUGUGCCGAUUUUGUUUUUUGCUUUUUGGCCCAUAGCUCAUGUGAACACAGCUUUUUCUAAACUAAAAAAAUAUUAAUCUAAAGAUAGAAUCCCAUUUUUAAUGAACUUAAGUAGUAAAACCACUACUGUUUUUUUUUUCCCAUUCCUUUAGGAAAUAGCUAUUGCCAAAGUGGAAGGGGUAGAUAUUUCGUCUUGUUAUAUAAGGGGGAUGUGGUUUGCAGAGGAAUUGUUUCUUUGGAGCUUUGAGGAAUUAUCAGUGUUCAUUUAUGCCAUGUCUCCAGUUCUAAAAUAGUUCUAUUCCAUUCUAGAAAUUUGAAAUAUGUAAUUUGAAAUCCUUAAUAAAAUUUGCAUUUUAUUUUAUAAAA